AUGGAGUCCUCCAAGAAUUAAGCUGAAUUCCACGAUUAUCUCAGUUUUAGACACGAUACUGAGAUCCUAUCUGCCCUUGACAAAUAAAGAAACGAAAAAAUUAUAUUCUCGACAGGGGUUAUAAAAUACAAUAGGUUCGGAAUGAAGUAAGAGAGAAAUCUCCUGCUUACAAAUGUCUACUUAUCAAACCUUAAAAAGAAAACAUUCCAAAGAAAGAUUCCAAUAGUGAAGGUAAAGGCCGCAACAAAAUCGACAUAGGAAGGAUGUUUAGAGUUUAUUGUGCAUGUAAAAUAAGAAUAUGACUAUAGAUUUGUCUGCGAUGAGAGAGACGAAUUCUUCAGAGCACUUAAGAAGGUGUACUAUGAUCUUAAUGGAGAAAAUUUACCAAUCUAUGGACCUAACACAAGACUUAAAGAUUAUGCAACCUCUAAAAAAGAUAUGAAGAAAGGCGCAGAAAUAGUUCCAGAAGAAAACUAUAGGAUGAGAGGCGAAGAUCUUUACACCCCUAUAUAGAGGGAUUUCGGAUCUAAGAGCGGUUCUAUAGCCAGUACAGCUGCUAGCUCAACCGAUACUAGUACUAUUGAGAGCUAUAACAAUUAAUUCCCUGAGGAGUAUUCAGAAUCUACUGGAUUCAGAGAGGCCUCAACAACCUUAUAUGCUAGAUCUGGCGAUAAGAAAGUUGGUCUUUAGGACUUCCUAAUCAGGAAAGUCAUUGGUAGAGGUAGCUUCGGUAAAGUAUUCUUGGUCGAGAAAAAAAAUACUAGCGAAGUAUUCGCAAUGAAAUCACUGAGAAAGGAUGUCAUAAUAGACUACGACUAAGUUGAGAGCACUAAACUAGAAAAAGAGAUUCUGAUGUAAGCUGAUCACCCAUUCUUGGUUGGUAUGCAUUACGUCUUCUAGACUGAAUAAAAGAUCUUCUUCGUAAUGAGAUUCGUCAGAGGAGGAGAACUCUUCAUGCAUCUAAGAAACAGCACCAGAUUCACUGAAGACAGAGCUAAAUUCUAUGCUGCUCAAGUCGCUCUUGCUAUUGGUCAUCUUCAUAAAAAGCAUAUUAUCUAUAGAGAUCUCAAGCCAGAAAACAUUCUAAUGGACGAGGAUGGUUACAUCUGCUUGACUGACUUUGGUCUAGCUAAAAUCCUCAAUGACAACGCUUAAGCGUACUCAUUCUGUGGAACUCCAGAGUAUUUAGCUCCUGAAAUCCUAAAUGAGAAAGGACAUACCUUCCCAGUUGACUGGUGGGCACUAGGUAUUCUUACUUAUGAAAUGAUUGUUGGUUUCCCACCCUUCUAUACUGGAAGCAAUAACAAUCUUAAGAUGUACGAGCUAAUUAGAAAGAAGCCAGUUUACUUCCCAGAUCCACAAAGACACAAAAUUAAGAUGAGCGAUGAGUGCAAGGAUUUCAUCACAAAGUUACUCGAUAAAGAUCCUGCAAAUAGAUUAGGAACAAAAGAAGGACUCGAUGAAAUUAUGAAACAUGAGUUCUUCUCCUCGAUCAGUUUCGAUGAACUACUUUCAAAGAGGAUUGAGCCUCCAUUCAAACCCAAGCUCUCAGCUGAUUUGCUUGAUGUAUCCAAUUUCGAUACCUAAUUUACCCAAGAAGAGGCUAUAAAUUCGGUUAUUCCAGAAGCUAAGCUUUAGCAAAUUAAAAAGAAUCAAGAGGCUUUCAAUGGCUUUACAGACUGA